AUGCCGCCUACAAUCCACAAUUCUUCUUUAUAUAAACCCACAUUUACCCACUUCUCCUUGUGCAUUAAAAAUAUCCAUCUUUAUUCCCCUCUUCCCACUGUGGAACUUCUUUUCUGUAGAUAUAUUCUGGCAAUCCUGGCUGAAGAGCAGAAGAAAAUCAGUAUGGUGCAGCAGCUUUAUGUUGCCCUAUCAUGUGGAGAUAGUGGGAGAGUUCAAGGGAAUUUGGCUUCCGAGGUGGAUUGGUGGUUCCACGGUCCUCCUUGCUGUCAGUACUUGAUGCGCAGUCUCACUGGCAUUACACAUGAUCACUGCUCUUCUUUCCAGUUUCUUCCACGCUCCAUUACUGUUCUGGGUAACAAGGUCGUAGUGGAAGGCUGGGAGGGUGAGUCGUGCUACUGGAUUCAUGUCUGGACUGUAGAUAAUGGGAUCAUAACUGAAGUUCGUGAGUACUUUAAUACGUCGCUGGUUGUCAAGGAGUUUAAACCCACUUCUUCCUCUGCACCAUUGCUUGGGAAAAGAAGCCAGUUGUGCGUGCCGCUGUGGCAGAGCAAGCUUAACAAUUCCAAAUCAAAAUCAAUGCCUGGCCUCGUGCUUGCCAUCUGAGUUGAUGUAAAUCUUGUCUCUGUAAACAAUGCCUAUAUUUGAAGCAAGUUGUUUA